AUAACCAUUUAAUAAUAUUAAUAUUCAUUUUCAUUAGUCUUGUUUUUGUAUUUUUCUCAAAAAUUUCACAUUUUAGUUUGGUGCUCCGGUCAACCAAACAGAGUCUUCAAUCCAUAUUAUCCGAAUCUGUAUCUGGGUUUUGAUCUUCGUUUGUUGAUCUCAAAUGGGUCGGAGACCAAACGACUCCGAGCCCAGUAGAUGGGUCACAAUGGUGCUUUUGCUCAUGGGUCUUGUUUCUUGUUCUUUGGUUUACAUGUUUAUGUCUGUGGCUUUUAGACCCACCAGUGUUGAUCAAAGAUUGGAUCUUGAGAGUGUGGUUAAGGAAGAGGGUGAAUUGGGUGAAGAGAGUGCGGGUGGGUGUUGUAGAGGGAUUGAAAAUUUGGAGCUUUGGGGGUCUGCUGUGAAAUGGGGGACUGAUUUUAAGUUUAAUACUUCAGAGGAGUGUUGUCAGGCUUGUAAGAAGCUGUGUACUGGGAAUGAUGGGCCUUGCUUGUGUGAUUCUUGGGUGUUUUGUGGGAAUCAGGAGGCUUGCGGGCCUAAAUUUGGCGAGUGCUGGUUGAAGAAACAAAAGGAUACUUUGGCCCCCGAGCGACAGGAAGUAGGAGAGUCAGUCAGCUGGACGUCUGGCCUUGUUUUCGGCAAAGGAGAGGGAAUUGUUGCGUUGGAAACGGAGCUUGGAACACUUCAUAUCAAACUUCUGCCCGACUGUGCGCCACAUUCAGUAAAUUACAUUCUCCAGCUAUUGGAGUUGCGCCACUGUGCUGGAUGUCGUUUUUACCGUGCAGAAAGUCGAGGGGAGUCUUGGGAUUCAGAAGGGAACCACAUAAAAGACGCAUCUUUAGGUCCCCCAUUUGCACUUGUCCAAGGAGUUAUCGAACCUCAAGGAGUCAUAUUUAACAAAAUUCCCAGGGAAGACUGUCCAACAAUUAAAAGAGGUUCAGUUGCAUGGGUUGGUUCAGGUCCAGAAUUCUUUAUAAGCCUAGCCAACCACGAAGAAUGGAGAAAGACAUACACUGUUUUUGGCACCGUACUUCCUGAAGACAUGGCAAUUGCAGAGAAAAUCUCAGAGCUUCCAACAGAAGCAGAUGUGUGGAACAACAUCAACGUGUCAGUCUUGGAAAAACCUUUACCCCUAAUGUUAAAAAGAAUUAAAACAAAUAGCGGAGAUCUAAAUUUAAAUCAGAAAGCAAGAAGCAAGUGAAUUGGUUUGUGCUCCUGCUUUACACUGAGGGUUGUAGUUGGAUUCAAAGUAAAUGUAGAAAGUCUUCCUAAUUAAAGUUACACAGUUUACUGUCCCAGUUUUUCAACGGUGCGAGUUUUUCUUUCUA